AUGAGUUUUAACUUAAUUGACCUUGAUUUCUAUGCGAUCCUGGGUGUCUCGACCUCUGCAACGCAGGAUGAGAUCCGCAAGGCUUAUAAAGUACAGUCUCUCAAGACUCAUCCCGACAGAGUUGCUGUAAACGAUCCUACUCGUACUGAACGGACCAAGAAGUUCCAAGAAGUCCAAGAGGCGUACUACACCCUUUCUGACUCUGCACGCCGCCGUGACUAUGAUGCAAGCAGGGCGUAUAACCCACCUCGUGGUUCGCCGUCAUGGCGGGAUAGCCAGUUCGGUGAUAUCUUCGAGGAAAUGAUGAGAGAUGAGGGACUACAAGAUGCCGACGACCCAGAAGCUAGGAAGAAGGCAACAGGUCGGUUUUACGGAAUCAUGGGAGGCGUCAGUGGUGCCGCUUUAGGAUUUAUCGUUGCCAACUUUCCAGGCAUGCUUGCGGGUGCCGUCGCAGGUAAUCGGCUUGGUGCGGUGCGAGAUGCGAAGGGGAAGUCUGUCUACGAAGUCUUUCAAGAAUUACCGCAGGGUGAAAAGGCCAAGGCGAGUUUCCAUCUAUUGUCCGAUCUUGCUAUGAAGGUUCUGUCCCAAGUUGUGACAGCUUAG